AUGGCAUCAAAAGUUAUCAAAAUUGGCCUAACCUUGGCAUUAGUGAGCAUGCUCUGGACAGGGGUCAUGGCUCAUUCAAGCUGCACCAGUGUGCUCAUUGGGAUGGCACCAUGCCUAAAUUUUGUGACAGGAAGCUCCUCAACCCCGACUGCUUCAUGCUGCUCUCAACUUGCUAGUGUGGUUCAGUCACAACCAUGGUGUCUUUGCAUGAUACUAAAUGGUGGUGGUCAAUCACUGGGAGUUACUAUAAACGAGACCCUUGCUUUGGCACUCCCCGGGGCUUGCAACGUCCAAACUCCACCUGUUAGCAAAUGCAAUGUGGGUUCUCCAGAAGGGUCACCAGGUGACUCUACGGAUCCAAGUGGCUCAGGUGCAACAGGAGGGUCCAAGACCACAACCGGAACUUCUGGUGGGAACAUCAUAAAAAUGUCUCUUCAGCUUGUCGUUGGGUUCCUGUUCGUGGCUUCAUUUGCUUCAUUCAGCGGCUUCUGAGUUAUGACUGAAGUGUUUCUGAGCUUGUCUUAUUUAUACCUAUUUGAGAUCGUGCUUGUGUGUUGCUUGUUUAAGUUUGGUUUACUCUCUAUAUAAGUUUGUAAGGAAUGCUCAAUUCCAAUAGUUCAUAUACCUUCUGGUCAAUUUCUCUAUUGUCUAAUGAUCAAUAUAGUAAGACUUGUCGAAUUUCAUAUUAAUAUAACACAAAGCUUUUUGGCUCAUCAUUUACUUGGUGAAUUGCAACAAAAUGAAACCUCUCUUCUCUAUAA